AUGGUGUCAAAAAACUAUUCAGUCUUAGACGCGACCCAAUUAGAUUCUGAAGAUUAUCAUGAACUAGACAUGCCUAACUCAGAUUUAAUUUUUACCUGGCCAUUCGAACCCACAAAAAACGAAGGGUGUGUUGUGAAAACGGUAAUAUUUGCUUACACUAUGGGAACCAAUGUUAGAGGAAUUAUUUCUUGA